AUGACAUAUAGUCCAUGUACUAUUUUUUAUAUGAAUAGAAACCGAUGUUGUAUUUCUUCAGCCAGCGAAAGCCGAACCCUUGAGAAGAACAAUAUUAUUGUGAUUCACAUGCUUAAUUUGGCUAGUCUUUUUCUUUUUUUUUGGUACAAAGAAAGAGGCUAAUUAGGUUAGUCUAUUUAGUUGCAUAUAAAUAGAAGGGUUUCUUCCUCAGCUUUCAACACAAAGAGCCUGAGGGUAUACCAACCAACCAAAAUAAAACCCUUAUUCAUAGUAAGUUACAAUUUCCUUCCUUUUAGUCAAUGAAAAUGCUAAAUCCUCAAAUUGUUCCUCAUCCUUCACAAAAAGCCUUAUUUUCCUUGCAAAAGCCAUUCCUCUCAGGAAAUGGUAACAUCAACGGAACUAUUACCUGUUCGUCUUCCUCUUCUUCUUCUUCGUCUAAUUCCUAUGGUUUUCGACGAAAAUCCACUUCACUUGAAAGGAACGUAACGGCUAACAGUAAAAGUGGCAGCAAUGGCCGCCGGCGGGAUGCUACAAGAAGCUUAAAGGCGGUGUUCGAGACUGAGGCAGCCGCCGUUUCCACCACCACCGAGAAGAGUACUCGGGUUAAGGCGGUUGUCUUAGUUAAACCAUUCAGCUCCGGACUAACCGACGGGCUGAUGAAAGGAUUGGAUGUUCUAACCGACGUGUUCGUAGGAGGUGUACAUUUAGAACUUGUUGCUGCUGAACUUGACCCUACUAAUGGGGACGAGAAGCCGACGCUUAGGGGUGUUGGGAAACUAUGCAUAAAUACGAAAGAGGAGAUGGUUUAUGAAGCGGAUUUCAACAUUUCUGACGAAUUUGGAGAAGUCGGAGCAAUAUUAGUGGAGAAUGAGCACCAUUCAGAAAUGUUCAUCAAAGAAAUAGUCUUGGAUGGCUUCUUAUCUGAUGGUCCUCUUACUUUUAGCUGUGAGUCUUGGGUUUCUCCCAAUUUUGACACUCAAGAUAAAAGAAUUUUCUUCAGCACCAAGUCAUAUUUACCAUCAAAAACACCAAGUGGACUGAAGAAAUACAGGAAAAAAGAGCUAGAAAAUAAAAGAGGAGAUGGAACCGGACAACGAAAGAGGUCGGACAGAAUUUAUGACUAUGAUGUGUACAAUGAUCUUGGAGACCCUGAUCACAAUCCUGAUUUCGCUAGGCCAGUUCUUGGUGGUAAUAAAGAAUACCCUUAUCCAAGACGUUGCAGAACUGGUCGCCAUAAAUCCAAAAGAGAUCCAUUAAGUGAAUCAAGAGGUGAUAACUUCAUUGUGGACUUGCUUGACGGCGAUUUGUUUGAGGGCUUUUACGUCCCAAGAGAUGAACGAUUCUCCCAAGCGAAGGAAUCAACGUUUAAUAACAACACAGCCUUCUCGGCAUUGCAUUUGGUAGCGCCAACGUUUGAGGGUGUUAUUCACAACAGGGCUGAGGCAUUUCCCUAUUUUACCGAAAUCGAUUCCCUUUUCAAUGAAGGGAUUCACAUCCCUAAGGUCAAUCGGAAUCUUUUCGACAUUAUUCCGAAUCUUCUUAAAGCUGUAGCUGACACCGGAAAUCAUCUCUUGCUUUACGCGACUCCUAAAUUUGUUAACAGCGAUAAAUUUGGAUGGCUGAGGGAUGUUGAAUUUGCUCGUCAAACCCUAGCAGGUGUAAAUCCAUGUUGCAUAGAGUUAGUUAAGGAGUGGCCGUUGAAGAGCAAACUAGAUCCAGAGGUGUAUGGGCCUGCGGAAUCAGCCAUCACAACCGAGAUCGUUGAGCAACAAAUUAAAGGUGUAAUGACGGUUGAAGAGGCCUUGAAGCAAAAGAAGCUGUUCAUGUUAGACUAUCAUGACAUACUAUUACCAUUUGUGGAGAGAGUAAGAAAACAAAAAGGGACAACGCUUUAUGGAUCAAGGACACUAUUUUUCCUGACCCCUGAAAACACAUUGACCCCUUUGGCCAUUGAACUUGUUUGCCCUCCAAUUGAUGGAAACCCUCAAUACAAAGAAGUUUUCACGCCGGCCGGUUGGAGUUCAACUGAUUUGUGGUUGUGGAAGCUUGCUAGAGCUCAUGUCCUUGCUCAUGACUCUGGUAUUCACCAAUUAGUUAGUCACUGGGUGAGGACUCAUUGCUGCACAGAACCCUACAUUAUCGCGAGCCACCGCCAACUUAGCGAAAUGCAUCCAAUCUAUCGACUGUUGCACCCUCACUUUCGAUACACAAUGGAGAUCAAUGCUUUAGCUCGUGAAAAGCUCAUUAAUGCGGGCGGCAUCAUUGAAGGUGCUUUUUCGCCAUUCAAGCAUUCUAUGGAGAUCAGUUCAGUUGCUUAUGACAAGCUGUGGCAAUUUGACCUCCAAGCACUACCAGCAGAUCUAAUUCACAGGUAAUACAGGACUUUAUUUAUGACGACUUCUAAUCAGAUAAUAUUGGUAACUUAACAGCUAAUGAUGUGAUGUUACAUUAUUUUAAUUGAAGGUAUCAGUGAACUAUUAGGGAAUGACAAAAUCGGAAUGAUAUUUGAGAUCUUGCUUUCUUUGAUAAGGAAAUUUUGAUGUUCUUUUCAUUCACUCUUAAACUGCUAAAGCUAUCAAAAAAGAAAAAAGAAAGCUCUAAAUGAAUACAUAAAGGAUUGCUUUUCUAUUUCUUCCUCUUUGAAUCUGUACAUUAUUUUGGGAAACUUAAUGGACAUUACCAUUCGGUUUUGGUAUGCAGGGGAAUGGCAGAGCCAGAUCCUACUGAUACAAACAAAUUAAAGCUAACAAUCGAAGAUUACCCUUAUGCAAAUGAUGGAUUGCUCCUUUGGGAUUACAUCAAAGAGUGGGUGACAGCUUAUGUCAGUCAUUACUAUCCUGGAGCAGAAUCCGUACAAUCUGAUGAGGAACUUCAAACCUGGUGGACCGAAAUUCGAACAGUUGGACACGGUGAUAAGAAAGAUGAGCCCUGGUGGCCUGUCCUGAACAGCCCUGAUGAUCUUAUAGGAAUCUUGACAACCAUCAUUUGGGUCACUUCAGGACACCAUGCUGCUGUAAACUUCGGCCAAUACGACUUCGCGGGGUACUUUCCAAACAGGCCAACCAUAGCAAGAACCACUAUGCCAACUGAAAGUGCAAGUGAAGAAAGAAUGGAACAGUUCAUGAAGCGGCCCGAGGCCGAGCUCUUGGCUUGCUUCCCUUCACAAUAUCAGGCAUGUCUUGUCAUGACAGUUCUUCACAUUUUGUCAUCUCAUUCACCUGAUGAGGAAUACCUUGGAGACAUAAUUGAGCCUUCUUGGGUAACGGAUCCGGUCAUAAAAGCCGCAUUCGAUAAAUUCCAAGGCCAAUUGAAGGAGCUUGAAGCUGAAAUUGACAGAAGAAAUCACGAUAAGAACCUCAGGAACAGGAAUGGUGCUGGUGUGGUGCCUUAUGAGCUUCUAAAACCAUUUUCUGAGCAAGGAGUAACGUCGAAAGGAGUUCCAUACAGCAUCUCCAUCUGAAUUUAUUACGUAGAUAUCAAAAAUUUGUUACAAAUUCAUGAAGGCCAAAAAUUGAUCCCUUUUACUAAAUGGAAAAUUCCGUUAUUUGAGGGAGGUAAUCUGUAUAUAUACAAUAAGUAUUGCUACUUCUAAGU